CUGCGUAGACCGCUGCACGCCGCGCGCGGGAAGCCACUACCGGCGACCAACCGUUCCCCUCCUCCAGGACGCCGGCGCCUCAGGCGGAGCCUCUGGGAGGAAGAGGAGGGCAGGAGCUUAAAUCUUCUGGCCCGGGACCGCGAUCGGGGCGGGACCCGGGACCGAGUCGCCUUGGAGGUGCUGACCGGGGCGGAGCAGGACCAGCUUCCUGCCAGCCCUGUGUGGAAUCAUCGUUCAUAAGCUGAUAGUUAAAAAAUAGAUAAAAGUUGGGCCGGGCACACCUUUCUUCCCGCGGCGGCAGGUGGAUCUCUGUGAGUUCGACCUGGUCUACAUAACAAGUUCCAGAAGUACAUAGAGACCCCGUGUCAAUAAAAUAAAGUCCCUGGAUCCCCACAGAGGAGCCAAUCUGACAGAAACCUCUGUCAGUAGAAGCAGAGAUGGCGUCAGUGGAUUUCAAGACCUAUGUGGACCAGGCCUGCAGAGCUGCAGAGGAGUUUGUCAAUGUCUACUACACUACCAUGGAUAAACGGCGGCGGCUGCUAUCCCGCCUGUACAUGGGCACUGCCACUUUAGUAUGGAAUGGAAAUGCUGUUUCAGGACAAGAAUCCUUGAAUGAAUUUUUUGAGAUGUUGCCUUCCAGUGAGUUCCAGAUCAACGUGGUAGACUGCCAGCCUGUCCAUGAUGAAGCUACACCAAGCCAGACCACUGUCCUUGUGGUGAUCUGUGGAUCAGUGAAGUUUGAGGGCAACAAACAGCGGGACUUCAACCAGAACUUCAUCUUGACUGCCCAGGCUUCACCCACUAACACAGUGUGGAAGAUAGCAAGUGACUGCUUCCGAUUCCAGGACUGGGCCAGCUAAUGGGGAUGAGAAAGGCUUCUUGGCUUUGGCCCAGUUCUGUCCAGAAAUGCCAGUCACAAAUCUCAGGAUGUGGAGAACACAGUUCAUUUUGGUUGUCACGGCAGCACUGCAAACUUGAUGUUUGAGUCCUAGAAACCCCUUUCCUGGCUAUAUACUGGUUUGUCAUAGUUGCCUUUUAAAAGUGGUAAACUUUCUAUUUUUCUACUUAAUCAGUAGAGACCCUGUUCCUGGAAGUUGACAAAUAAAUAAUGUAAAUGUU